CCGAGCCCAGAACGGAAGAAAUGAAGUCUUUUGGUGCCUGGUGAGGAAGUUUUGGUUCCGAGAAUUGUUCUUGCAUCCCAGCACGAUGUCUGUGAAAAGUGCAAAGUCUGGAGCUGAAAGUCGACCGUGCUCUGCAGCCAGCAUGCCUCCUCGAGGGGGGAGGGGUCCACCAGCUGGAAGACCCCCGACCGCCGGCAGAUUUAAAAACAAGGCUCUUCAGCUCAGCCUCUCCAAGAAAUUCUGCUCCAAGUCUCCUGCCACUCCGAAAAAGGCCAGCGGUGGCGGUGAGGAGACCUGCCGGCGCAGUAAAAGGAGCCUCAGCAACAGUUCCGCUGUGGCUGCCGCCUACGUUGCCUACCUCAAUAAACUCUUUGGACAGGAGAGAGAGCUGAUGCCGCUGGAGUUAGACGAGCUGCGAGAGGCCUUCAAGGAGUUUGAUUACGACGCGGACGGCUUCAUCCAUUACAAAGACAUUGCCGACUGCAUGAGGACCAUGGGCUACAUGCCUACGGAGAUGGAACUCAUCGAAAUCAUCCAGCAAAUCAAGAUGAGAUGGGGGGGCCAUGUCGACUUCGAUGACUUCUGUGAGCUGAUGGGCCCCAGGAUGCUCGCUGAGACCGCUCACAUGGUCGGCCUCAAGGAGCUCCGUUGUGCUUUCAAACAGUUUGACUGCGACGGCGAUGGAAAGAUCACGCUGGAGGAGCUGAAGGACGGCAUGAAGAGCCUCCUGGGUGAGAAGCUGAAGAAGGGAGAGCUGGAGGAGAUCCUGGCCGACAUUGACCUCAACAAGGACGGCAACAUCGACUUUGAUGAGUUUGUGAUGAUGCUGUCUGCUCGCUGACCUGAGGACCACACACACACACACACACACACACACACACACACACACACACACACACACACACACACACACACACACACACACACACACACACACACACACACACACACACACACACACACACACACACACACACACACACACACACACACACACACACACACACACACACACACACACACACACACACACACACACACACACACACACACACAGCUCCUGUCCUGCAGUCUGCCUGGUGUGUAUUCUACGGCAUAGCUCAGUUGGUAGAGUGGCCGUGCCAGCAACUUGAGGGAUCCAGGUUCGAUCCCCGCUUCCGCCAUCCUAGUCACUGCCGUUGUGUCCUUGGGCAAGACACUUGACCCACCUGCUGCCACCUGCUGCCACCCACACGGCUUCAAAUGUCACUUCCAUGUUGGCUUUCACUCAGGACAGCACUUUGAGUCACUAGAGAAAAGCACUCCAAUAUAAUUCACUUCACUACUUAGUCAUCUGUCUGCUCCUGUCCUGCUGUCUGUAUUCUACUUAGUGGUCACGCAUGGAAGGAGGACAAUGGAUUGUAUUUUCAAAAUAAAAUGUGUGUAUUCUACUUAGUGAUCACACAUAGGAGGAGGGACAAUGGAUUGUAUUUUCAAAAUAAAAUGUGUGUAUUCUACUUAGUGAUCACACAUAGGAGGAGGGACAAUGGAUUGUAUUUUCAAAAUAAAAUGUGUGUAUUCUACUUAGUGGUCACGCAUGGAAGGAGGGACAAUGGAUUGUAUUUUCAAAAUAAAAUGGUGGAGUCUGUGC